CAAAAGGGGCAAAACAAACACUAUCUUUUUCAUUUUUCUUUUUGAUUAUUUUCUCUCAGUUUAAGUGAUUUUCCAACAUUUUUACUCACAGUUAGAAAUCAAAGCUGCUAUUAAAUGAAGAAAAUGAAAAUGAGGAGGAUGAGAUCCAUUCAGGCAUCGUGCUUCCCUAUGGUGUUCCUGGGGAGAGUGUUCUACCUAAUUGGGUUUGGUGCUGAUCCAACAGGGAAACAAGACAGCAGUGAUGCCUUUCUUCAAGGCCUGAAUGAUGCAUUCCAUGCUCAGAAUGGGCUUGAUUUGCUUCCUGUUGUCCAUGACUUGGGUAGACUAGAGAUUGAUCUGCAAAGUGGAGAUUACAAAAUCAGCAAACCUUUCAGGUUCCCUCCUAGUGGAGCCAAUGUGGUCGGAGUUCUGGUAAAAUCAAACCCUGGUGCUUCCUCACUUAGCAGGAUGGAUAAUUGCUACCUAGAUUACAUAUCAAUAGUUAUGGAAGACCCUGUUCAAGUCCAUGUCACUAAUGGAUUCUUCUUAGGAGAUGCAAAUGUAGUGAUUAAAUCGGUCCAUUGCACAGUUUCUGGCCUUAAUAUAGUGGACAACAUGUUCAAUGGUAAUCCACAUAAUGAGAUUCUUACUGUAAUUCUAGAUGGGGAGUUUUGGAACAUUGAUCAGGUGGUGAUAGACCGUAACAAUGUCAAUGGUAUGAGCUUGAAAUCGACAGUAGGAAGAUUGACAGUGCCUGGAACUGGGACCAAAUGGGUGGCCAAUUUUUCAUUGAUAUUUGUUUUCCCAAACAGGAUUGUUAAUCUUCACUAUUCAUUUUACCUUAAAGGUGGACAGACUUCAGCAUUCACUGUUCAUGCUGUAACAAGUAUGUCCAGUAAUAUGGUUGUUGUAAAGAGUUCCGUGAAAGUGAAUGGGGUGGUUUCUAUAGUUGUAGAUCUGUAAAACAUGAUUGGAGAGAAAAGUGGUUUCCAAUGAAAUCAUAAAUCAACUAUAAAAUAAUGUCAUCAAUUUAUAUUAUUCAUUCUUUAUGGAGUCAAUUAAAGUAGUUUGAUCAUGGCUUUAGUCAAGCUUCUAAUAUUUGGAACGUUGCUUUGGAGUACGGUUUCGUUUGGUUUGGGGAACUGAGGUGGAAAUGGAAUCAAGGUGUAAUCAUUUC